GAUGAGCUUCCCUACCUUCUCCUUUAAAAACCAACAGAACGCUUCCAUUUCGGUUUCACAAAACCAAACUCAUCAUCAAGAAAACAGGCUGCCAGGACCCAAGAUCGAGGCCUGGAAUCUUGAUUUCCCACAAGAUCUUCACCCAAAUAUAUACACCUCUUACAUGGCGGAUGAUCAAUAUCAACUGGGCAGUAGUGGGAAUUGGUGGGUAGCGACUUCCUCCUCCUCAUCAUCAUGUUCUUCCUCACCAGUUUCAAGUACAGUCCAUAUGAGUAGUUCCCUUACUAAUAGCGUUAGCAUGGGAAUCAGAAACUUGGGCUGGGCGCCGCCGCCCGGGAAUAUGGUGGUGGACGUCAGCAAGACAAGGUCUUCUUUGGAUUCUUCAUCCGCCGCCACCUCCGGCGGAGCACUUGUGGAUCCUAGCCUCCAAAUGAUGGCCUUAGGCCUUUCUUCUCAAUCAAUCGAUUGGAACCCAUCUCUUUUCGGAGGUGAGAAAGGAGAAACUGAGCAUAGCUAUGGCGGAUCCAUAUUACAAGGAAAUAUGAGCUGCAACGCAAAUUAUGAUCAUCGUCAGCUCCACCCGAACUCGGAGGAGCAGUGGAGAUCACCGGGAGACGCUAUGUACUCCGGCGGAGGAGGUAGUUCAGACGACACUUCACCGUGUGAUUACGGCCACCAGCCGCCGCCGCAGCAAAUCAGCAGUGCAGGGCUGUCGAGAUUCACACUAUUAGGUCACACCAGGCAUGACGACGAUGACGAUGAGUAUCUCGCGACCGGGUCGUCCAAUUGUCGGGCGGGUCAAACAACCAGCUUUGACUUGGAUUCCUCGUACGGAAACAGUGAUCCUUCCGAGAUUCUGCAAGCUGGGCUUUUUAUAUCGUCUAACGUUGGUACGAUUCCGACACCGCAACCGCCGCCCAAUUUCGCCGCCCGGACACCGGCCCUGAAUUUUCUGUACAAUAACACUUCCCAUUCGAAUUAUGGCCCCGCCGGGGACGGCGGAGUGAUGUCAUCUUCGUGGUCUAAGUUCCCGCAUCAGUUUCUGCGAACCGCCUCUUCGCCGCCUCUGGAACCACCGCCGCCGCAACAGGCCUCCUUGAAUUUUGCUAAUAACACUGCUUUCUGGAAUGCCACCGCCGCGGCUGCGGUCACAAUGAACUCUAGCUUCUUCCCUUCGUUAAAUACACAACUUCAAAGUUACAUAGCUGCUCAUGAUGAUGGCAAGCCCACGAAUGCAUCAUCAAAUAUGAAAGAAUUAGGUACACCAUCAUCAUCAGCAACAGCAGAAAAAAGGCUGAUGAGCAAUGAAACCUCCUCCGGCAAAAGGCCUCGGAAUAAUGAAAACCCAUCACCGCCCGUCCCACCUUUUAAGGUAAGGAAAGAGAAGAUGGGAGACAGAAUCACUGCGCUCCAACAAUUAGUUUCGCCUUUUGGAAAGACUGAUUCAGCAUCCGUCCUCACUGAAGCCAUUGACUAUAUCAAAUUCCUUCAUGAUCAAGUCCAUAUACUGAGCGCCCCCUACAUGAAAGCUGGAUCUGCCCUGCAGCAUCAACGGAUGAGCUCAGAAAAAUGUGAGGUAGGAGGGGCGGCAGCACGGCCACAAGACCUUAGGAGGCGAGGAUUGUGUUUGGUGCCCAUUUCCAACACUUUCCCUGUGACGCACGAGCCGUCGACAGCUGAUUUUUGGAGUCCAACUGCAUUUGGAACAACUUUAAGAUAAUUAAUUAAUUUUAAAAAGCAAAGAAUGUCUUAUAUAUAUUUAUAACUAAUUUAAUCUCGAUCAAACCCAACCUUGUAGUGUUAAUCCAUGGAUGGUCAAGAUUGAUUUGAGUUAUCUGGUUUGUCCGAAUCAAUCUGGAUCAUCCCAGUGACUAAUUCUACAUAUUAAUUACUGUAUUAAUUACUACCGACUUAUUGUGUUGUAAUAAUUAAAGAGUGAUGAUUAAAGUUAAGUUAGGUAGACAUUGCUAAUUCAUCAUUAGUUUACUGAAAAAUUGUUCUUUCUA